AUGGAGGAAAAUAUGUUUUAUUUGGAUAAGCAAUCACACAAAUCUAAAUGGCAUUUAGUUCUAAUGACAUCAUUUGGAUUGAUCGCAUCUUCAUAUUGUUUGGUUUUACCUGCUCAAAUGUAAACUUAAAUUGGAGAAGCAUUUAAUAUUGAUGAUCCAAAAUAAUUCUUAACUUGGUUAACCUCAUUGCACUUUUUAUUGAAUUCAUUUUUACCUUUCUUCUCUGGUCUUAUCAGAGAUUUCUAUGGAGAUCGAAAAAGCAUCAUAUUUUAAAAUGGAUUAUGUGCCCUUGGUUAAAUUAUAGUCACUUUUGGUAUUUCAUCUGGAAGUCAAAUUGUAUUUAUAAUUGGAAGAAUUCUAUUGGGUUGGGGAAUAGAAUCCCUCUUAAUAGUAUUAACAUCCUUUAUAUGUUCAUAUUAUAAAUAUACAUAUUUGGUAAUUUUGUAUUUGUGUAUAUUUAGACUUUUGUUUUGGGUAUGUACCAAUUUGUGUAUACUUUGGGAUUUGUACUUUGUAUUUGGUUUGCACCUCAAAUUACAUCAGUAGGGGCUUCAAAUACAAUAGCCAUUUUGGCAACAACAUUAGGAAUGCUAAUGUCUAUUGUUGCUAUUGAUAUAGAUGUCGAUGCUUAGUCAACAAUCUUAAACAAAGGGGCUAAAUACUUUAAGAAGCAUCAUGAGAAACUUAAAAGUUCUACAUUACAUUAAUAGUAAUAAUAAAUAGAAGGAGAAGAGAUAUAAGUGGACUAAUUAAAUCAUUAGGAAGAAUAGAUGGCUGUUGAAUAGGUAGAAUCUGAAAUCUUGCCACAAUCAUUUUUUGAGAAGUAUUUUGGAUUCUUUAAUAAAAAUCAAUAUCCGUCAAUAUAUUGGUAUUUAUUAUGGUUCUAUUCUUUUGCAUCUACUUCUGUAUUAGUAUUGGUAGACUAUGCAUAAGAAUUUUUGUACGAUAAAUGGUUGAUUGCAAUUGACAACGGAGAAACAUUAGCCUGGAAAUUAGUAACUCUAAUGUGGUUGUUUUCAGGAGUCAUUACACCAUUAUUAGGUUUUGUUAUUGAUAAAUAUGGGCAAAGAUCUUCACUUGUAAUUAUUAUCCAAUAUAAUUUAGACAAUCUUUUCAGGUUUGAUGGCCAUAUGGGCACAUAUCUUAGUUCUUUUGUAAUCACCAUUUGAAGGUCUUCUCUUAUUAGGAUUAUCAUUUGCAUUGUCAUAUACAACAGUCUGGAGUGGAGUAUUAUACUUGACUCAACCAAAUACACAUGGCAGAAGUCUAUCUUUGUUUGUUUGUCUAUAAAAUUUUGGGAUCACUAUUACUCCCUUCAUUUGCAAAUUGCUUGAAUAGUAAAAUUAAUCUAAUUUUAUUAAUAGAUUGACAUCAUCCACAGUUGUUACUGAAAUCUUUUUGUUAGUCUUGGCAAUCUUAGCCAUGUUCAUAUCAUUGAUGGUUUAUAGUGAAGAUAAGAAAUUCGUCAAUCUCAUAGAUAGAGGUCUGGAAGUUGUAAGUGAAGUAUUCACAGAGUAUGAUAUAUUUACUAAUUUAACAAAGACCCGCUUCCAAAUUAAGAUCCAAAGAGCAUAUCUGAAAUUUGAUUCAAAUGUC